UAGACAAGGAGGUUGAACGUUGUUAGUGUAAGAAGUUAGAUCGGCCAUCAUUCAACCAACCAUCACAUUAGGAAACAGCACUAAACUGUACUGACCAACUACAACAGAGAAUCCCUUGUUUGAGGUUGAGAAGGAUUGGGGUUGUAUUAAAGGCUAAAGUUGGAUUUGGAGGGUAAAAAUGUUUCUGCCAUGAAGCUAUCUAUGGUUGGGGGAGGCAGAGUCACUGGCUUGUUCGAUUGUGAGUUGCUCUAUCGUUUUGGUUAAGUGAAAGAUAAAGUGGACUCAUUUAAAGAUGAAGCCAUAAACUGCAGUGGUAAAGAAAGAACUUACCCACUUUCUGACAGGUCUGUUCUCGAUCACUCUUUUCACAGAGGUUUAAUAUCUACAUGGAGGUUGAACACUGUUAGUGUAAGAAAUUAGAUCUGCCAUCAACCAUCACAGUGGCAACCACCACGUAACAGGGCUGACCUGGGUACCUAACCACAAGAGUAAAUCCCUAGCUCGAGGAUAUUCAACAUCAAGCAUUGUUUGGAAUAAGGGAAGGUUGAGAAGGAUUGGAGUAAGCAGAGACCAAUGAAUGAAUUUGCUGAAAAUAAAGCUCAACAAAGAGGAAACGUGAAAGGCAAAGUGGACUCAUGAAGAGAUAAAGCAAUAAACUACAAUGUAAAGAAAGAAAUUACCCACCUUCUGACUGGUCUGUUCUCGAUCACUUCUUGUCACAGAGGUUUAAUAUCUAGACAAGGAGGUUGAACGUUGUUAGUGUAAGAAGUUAGAUCGGCCAUCAUUCAACCAACCAUUACAUUAGGAACCAGCACUGAACUGUACUGACCAACUACAACAGAGAAUCCCUAGCUUGAGGUUGAGAAGGAUUGGGGUUGUAUUAAAGGCUCAAGUAGCAUUUGGAGGGUCUGUUCUCGAUCACUCUUUUCACAGAGGUUUAAUAUCUACAUGGAGGUUGAACACUGUUAGUGUAAGAAGUUAGAUCUGCCAUCAACCAUCACACUGGCAACCACCACGUAACAGGGCUGACCUGAGCACCUAACCACAAGAGUAUAUCCCUUUCUCUCGAAGAUAUUCACAUCAAGCAUUGUUUCGAAUAAGGGAAGGUUGAGAAGGAUUGGAGUAAGCAGAGACGAAUGAAUGCAUAUUCUGAAAAUAAAGCUCAACAAAGAGGAAAAGUGAAAGGUCUGUUCUCGAUCACUUCUUGUCGCAGAGAUUUAAUAUCUAGACAAGGAGGUUGAACGUUGUUAGUGUAAGAAGUUAGAUCGGCCAUUAUUCAACCCCAUUAGGAACCAGCACUAAACUGUACUGACCAACUACAACAGAGAAUCUCUAGCUUGAGGUUGAGAAGGAUUGGGGUUGUAUUAAAGGCUAAAGUUGGAUUUGGAGGGUAAAAAUGUUGCGGCCAAUAAGCUAUCUAUGGUUGGGGGAGGCAGAGUCACUGGUUUGUUCUAUUGUGAGUUGCUCUCUCGUGUGGUCAAGUGAAAGAUAAAGUGGACUCAUUGAAAGAUGAAGCCAUAAACUGCAGUGGUAAAGAAAGAAAUUACCCACCUUCUGACAGGUUUGUUCUCGAUCACUCUUUUCACAGAGGUUUAAUAUCUACAUGGAGGUUGAACACUGUUAGUGUAAGAAGUUAGAUCUGCCAUCAACCAUCACCCAUCACACUGGCAACCACCACGUAACAGGGCUGACCUGAGCACCUAACCACAUGAGUAUAUCCCUUGCUUGAGGAUAUUCACAUCAAGCAUUGUUUGGAAUAAGGGAAGGUUGAGAAGGAUUGGAGUAAGCAGAGACGAAUGCAUGCAUUUGCUGAAAAUGAAGCUCUACAAAGAGGAAAAGUGAAAGGCAAAGUGGACUCAUGAAGAGAUAAAGCUAUAAACUACAAUGUCUGUUCUCGAUCACUCUUUUCACAGAGGUUUAAUAUCUACAUGGAGGUUGAACACUGUUAGUGUAAGAAGUUAGAUCUGCCAUCAACCAUCACACUAACUACCACCACGUAACAAGGCUGACCUGAGCAUCUAACAACAAGAGUAUAUCCCUAGCUGGAGGAUAUUCACAUCAAGCAUUGUUUGGAAUAAGGGAAGGUUAAGAAGGAUUGGAGUAAGCAGGUUGAAGUGAAGGUUUAAGUGGUAGGUAAAAAUAGAGAGCUUGAGGAAUUACAAACUGAUAAGAAUAUAACAGGUUAAUGCCGCGGCACCCUAAAGUAGGAUUUGGAGGGUAAAAAUGUUGCGGCCAUGAAUCUAUGAUUGGGGGGAGAUAGAGUCAUUAGUUUGUUCCAUUUUAGACUAAUGAGAAUGCAUUUGCUGAAAAUAAAGCUCAACAAAGAGGAAACGUGAAAGGCAAAGUGGACUCAUGAAGAGAUAAAGCGAUAAACUACAAUGUAAAGAAAGAAAUUACCCACCUUCUGACUGGUCUGUUCUCGAUCACUUCUUGUCACAGAUGUUUAAUAUCUAUACAAGGAGAUUGAACGUUGUUAGUGUAAGAAGUUAGAUCGGCCAUCAUUCAACCAACCAUCACAUUUGCAACCAGCACUAAACUGUACUGGCCAACUACAACAGAGAAUCCCUAGCUUCCGGUUGAGAAGGAUUGGGAGGUUUAAUAUCUACAUGGAGGUUGAACACUGUUUGUGUAAGAAGUUAGAUAUGCCAUCAACCACCUCGUAACAGGGCUGACCUGAGCACCUAACCACAAGAGUAUAUCCCUAGCUCGAUGAUAUUCACAUCAAGCAUUGUUUGGAAUAAGGGAAGGUUGAGAUGGAUUGGAGUAUGCUGGUUGAAGUGAAGGUUAAGUGGGAGGUAACAAUAGGGAGCUUGAGGAAUUACAAUCUGAUAUAGAAUACAACAGAGACAAAUGAAUGCAUUUGCUGAAAAUAAAGCUCAACAAAGAGGAAAAGCGAAAGGUAAAGUGGACUCCCAUUGAAAGAUGAAGCCAUAAUUGCAGUGUAAAGAAAGAAAUUACCCACCUUCUGACAGAGGUUGAACACUGUUAGUGUAAGAAGUUAGAUCCGCUAUCAACCAUCACAUUAGCAACCACCAAGUAACAGGACUGGGCUGAGCACCUAACCACAAGAGUAUCCGUAGCUCGAGGAUAAUCACAUUAAGCAUUGUUUGGAAUAAAGGAAAGGUUGAGAAGGAUGGGAGUAAGCAGCACUAAACUGUACUGACCAACUACAACAGAGAAUCCCUAGCUUGAGGUUGAGAAGGAUUGCGGUUGUAUUAAAGGCUAAAGUUGGAUUUGGAGGGUAAAAAUGUUGCAGCCAUGAAGCUCUAUGGUUGGGGGAGGCAGAGUCACUGGUUUGUUCCAUUGUGAGUUGCUCUCUCGUGUGGUUAAGUGAAAAAAGUGGACUCAUUGAAAGAUGAAGCCAUAAACUGCAGUGUAAAGAAAGAAAUUACCCACCUUCUGACAGGUCUGUUCUCGAUCACUCUUUUCACAGAGGUUUAAUAUCUACAUGGAGGUUGAACACUGUUAGUGUAAGAAGUUAGAUCUGCCAUCAACCAUCACCCAUCACACUGGCAACCACCACGUAACAGGGCUGACCUGAGCACCUAACCACAAGAGUAUAUCCCUAGCUUGAGGAUAUUCACGUCAAGUAUUGUUUGGAAUUAGGGAAGGUUGAGAAGGAUUGGAGUAAGCAGGUUGAAGUGAAGGUUGGUAGGUAAAAAUAGAGAGCUUGAGGAACUACAAACUGAUAAGAAUUUAACUGAAUUUCAGGUUAAUGCCGCGGCACCCUAAAGUAGGAUUUGGAGGGUAAAAAUGUUGCGGCCAUGAAUCUAUGAUUGGGGGAGAUAGAAUCACUCGUUUGUUCUAUUUUUAUGAUUUGGAGGGUAAAAAUGUUGCAGCCAUGAAUCUCUAUGAUUGGGGGAGAACAGUCGCUAGUUUUUAUUCCGUUAGACAAAUGAAUGUAUUUGCUGAAAAUAAAGCUCAACAAAGAGGAAAAGUGAAAGGUAAAGUGGACUCAUUGAAAGAUGAAGCCAUAAUUGCAGUGUAAAGAAAGAAAUUUCCCACGUUCUGACAGGUCUUUUCUCAGGUUGAACACUGUUAGUGUCAGUGUAAGAAGUUAGAUCCGCUAUCAACCAUCACAUUAGCAACCACCACGUAACAGGACUGGGCUGAAAACCUAACCACAAGAGUAUCCGUAGCUCGAGGAUAUUCACAUCAAGCAUUGUUUGGAAUAAGGAAGGUUAAGAAGGAUGGGAGUAAGCAGAGACGAAUGAAUGCAUUUGCUGCAAAAAAAUAAAGCUCAACAAAGAGGAAAAGUGAAAGUUAAAGUGGGCUGAUUGAAAGAUGAAGCCAUAAAUUGCAGUGUAAAGAAAGAAAUUACCCACCUUCUGACAGGUUUGUUCUCGAUCAUUCUUUUCACAGAGGCUUAAUAUCUACGCAAGGAGGAUCCGCCAUCAACCAUCACAUUAGCAACCACCACGUAACAGGGCUGACCUAAGCACCUAACCACAAGAAUUUAUAGCUCGAGAAUAUUCACAUCAAGCAUUGCUAGGAAUAAGGGAAGGUUGAGAAGGAUUGCAGUGAGCAGGCAGGUUGCGGGGACAAUUGGUAACUGGUGUCAAGGGUUCUCUUAUAGUGCCGUGUUCGAAGCAGAAGCAUCUUAUCAAUCCAAACUUUCUGCAGGCACCCACAUAUUUCAACUUUUCAUCAGAACAAUCAUCAAAUCCAAUAAUAAAGAGAUCGAUGGAGCAGACAAGUCCUGAAUUUCCAAAGGAGAUGAAGAACAACAUAUACAAGUCGAAGCUGCAAGAGUUUUGUCAUAGGAAGAAAUGGGCACCACCGAGGUACACAUCCAUGAAGGAUGGAGCAGACCAUAUCCCUCAGUUCAAGGCUUCUGUUCUUGUCAAUGGCCUCAAUUUCGACACCCUCGCCCCCUGCAAAUCCCGCAAAGAAGCUGACAAUCAAGCUGCCAAGCUUGCCUUCCUUUACUUCUCUUCAGGUAGUGGAGAACAAAAGACUACUGAAACACACAAGAAACCUGAUGAUGAUGUUGGCAUUAAUCCUGAUUCUGAACAGCAAUUCAAAAAAAAAGCUACAGACCUAUGCGAAAAGAAUGAAACUGGGUUUACCAACAUAUUGUGUUCAAAGGGAGGAUCUUUGCUUCAAGGCUACAGUUUCACUUAGUGGUGAAUCCUUCAAAAGUCUAGGGGGUUAUAAGACUGCAAAGGAAGCAGAAGAAGAUGCUGCUCGCUUCGCGUUAAUGUCACUCAUCUCAGCUGCUUUUCAAAAGAGCGUCACGACGAGUUCUUACAAAAGCCUCUUGCAAGAACUGGGACAAAGCGAAGGACUUGCCAUGCCUGCAUAUAGGACAACAAUGUCUGGCAAACAUCAUCAUAAUCUCACAUUUUUAUCGAGUGUGGAAAUUGAUGGGGAUGUUUUCCAUGGGACUGCAGCAAAGUCCAAGAAACAGGCGGAGAAUAAUGCUGCAAAGGUUGCUUACAUGUCUUUGAUAAUGGAAGGAAAACCUCAUCAGACCAGUGGCAAUUCCCCAGGAUCCUCAGAUAAUAAGAACAAAGUUGUUGAACUUGCUGCUCUCUUGAAUGCGACCACUAUUGCUGUAAAGGAAGAAAACUCCAAUGAUCUUUCGCCUAAAGAAAGCGAUUCGGUUGUGGAUCAUAGAGCAGAAAUGAAAACCUAUCUGCUCUGCAAUAGGUUCAAGGUGUAUAAUCACAUUCCAGAUAUGACCUUGCCCAAAGGGACUGUUCUGCUUCCUAUCAGGGAUGGUGAGUGGGUGGUUGCAAGCUUGGAAUUCCCCAACCAAAAGUGAUGACACAAAUCCUUCUUGAACCAUAUGAAACUUCGAUUCCAUUUAACAACUUAUGCACUUAACAACUUAUGCUAUUUCUUGAUUCCUACCAUGAAGCUUCAGCAGACAAUAAUGAACAAUGUUUGAUGUUUGUUUGUAUGUCUAAGCUGUUUAUGCAGCAUUUAUAUUUGAUGUUGUUUUUGGGGAUAAU